AUGGCGGAUCGCGAGGGGGGGUUGCUGAGCCCGUCUCGGAAGGAUCCCUCCAAUGAACCGCCUGCGACGUUGCCCACGCCUCGGAACAAGCUUCCGCGCGUCGCCUCCACUCAGCGGGCCCCGCGCACUGCUUCGGCCUGCACCGAUGCCCAGGAGCAGCAGUGCGCCGAAGAGGAGUGCGAUGCUGACGAGUGUGGCGACGAACGCCGCCCACCUGCCGAGAGUGUCGACUGUCUGGGUAAUGACAAGCGCCCGUAUCUUCCUCUGCUUCUUUUUGGGUCCACGCUGGUUGGAGCCAUCCACAUGCUUAUGGUGGAGUUCCCGGUAAUCUAUCGCGACCUACCUUCGGCCUACGGCCUGCGCGGCUACUUCCUCUGCGUCUACGGGGUUACCCUGGGCUGCCAAGUCUAUUGCGUGCUCUGCGACCCGGGCAAACUUCAACCACAGGAGCACGAGGCAUUUGCGCAGGCGAACCCAACAGUGGAUGGGUCGAAGGCUCUGCCACGGCGCUGUCACAAGAUGUGGCUCUUUAAGCAGCCAAUCAGGAGAUACGACCACUACUGCCGGUGGCUCACGAAUGCUAUAGGCCUUCUGAAUCAUCGUGAGUUUGUGCUAAUGCUGAUUGGGCUGCUGAUAAUCGGCACAGCUGGAUGCCUUGUGGACUUCGUCCUGCUCAUCUGGACAUCUUCCGAAGGGCAUCAUUUCACAGGGUUCCUGCUGAUAAUGCACAUGACGUAUUCAGUGAUCCUCACCCUUCUGGCUGGGCCUAUCCUGCGGCUGCAUCUCACUUUCGUCUCGAGGAAUGAGCUUGCCAACGAUUACAAGCACAACCUCUUCUAUGUGAUGAGGGAUGCGACCGGCAAAGCCGUCCAUGUAAACGAGUUGGAGGACGAGGAGUUCAACCUAGGCCUGGACAACGACAAGUUUGAGUACGAGCCCUCCUUGAACGCCUUCGAUCGCGGUUUGGCUACCAACUGCUGGAACUUCUGGUGCAUGCCGCGGUGGCCGGCUAACCAGCUGGGCGAGUUCUGA